UUUGUUCAACCGCCUGGGAAAUUAGCUUCGAGGCAGAGACAAAGGAAAAGCAGAAGAAUGAUCGCUUACGUCCGAAACUGCCGAAAUUUAACGAUCCGUCUGAAGCUUGUUUCUGGAAGCGACGUCGUGUUCAUCCAGCGUUUCUUGCACAACGGUCCGGACACCGUGGAGGAGAUUCUUGACAGACACGUGGUGAAGAAGGAGAAAUCCCUAAACGACGAGGAAGAAGAGUUGCUGACUAGACGGCGACUCACCAGCACUCGGAGAGAGGCGCUGGGCCUCUACCGCGACAUCCUCCGGGCGACCCGGUUCUUCAUGUGGGCCGAUUCGCGGGGCGUUCUGUGGAGGGAUGUGCUGAGAGAUAACGCGCGGAAGGAGUUCGAGGAAGCUCGGUUCGAGAAAGAUCCGGAGGUGGUGACCCGAUUGCUUAUCGGUGGGCGCGAUGCGGUGCAAUCAGCUUUGGAGAAACUCGCCGAGAAGCAGAGGCAGCAGAUUGAGAAGGAGAGGGGCGGUGGCGACGGACGGUGAUUGAUUCAUUUCUCAACUCUUUUUUUCUUUAUCAGAUUAUGAUUACCUUUAAAAACAUUUGUAUGUAAUCUACAUGUUGUGUUUGUAAUUCAAUAACUUCAAAUUGUAAAUUUCGGUCCAACGUUUUAAGGUUCGAAACUCUCUGAAA